UAAAUAGAGCCCGACUUCGUAGCACCGCCAGCAAUCGCCCAGCGAACAGCGAACGGUCAGCACGUAGCCGCCACAUAGCUCCAUAGCUGAUAAGAGCGCAGCAAUAAAACAACGCAGUUUGUGUAAACAAUCAAAUUGUCACAAGCAUAUCGAGUGUGCUUACAAGACCAGCGGAAAGUUUUCAACACCCAACGGGAACCCAUCGAGUCCAAGCCAAUCAAUCAGCCAAGAUGUCCGCUUCACCGACCGCCCGUCAAGCCAUCACCCAGGCCCUGCCCAUGAUCACCAGGAAGGUCGUCAUCUCGGAUCCCAUCCAGAUGCCCGAGGUGUACUCCUCGACGCCCGGCGGAACGCUCUACUCCACCACUCCUGGAGGCACCAAGCUGAUCUACGAGCGGGCCUUCAUGAAGAAUCUCCGUGGCUCCCCGCUUAGCCAAACGCCGCCGUCCAACGUGCCCAGCUGCUUGCUGCGGGGAACUCCGCGCACUCCCUUCCGCAAGUGCGUGCCCGUGCCCACGGAGCUGGUCAAGCAGACCAAGUCCCUGAAGAUCGAGGACCAGGAACAGUUCCAGCUGGACCUGUAGGGGUCUGGCUUGGAGCCCGCCAAGCAGCAACUGCCAAAACCAACUAGUUCUUAGAUGCACCACUAAACCCGAUCUUAUAAGCUAGUGUACCCUCUAACUAGAUGCUAAGUUCUUAGUUCUUCCACCUCGUUUGUUCUCUCGGUCAUAUUGACCCAGUACCAGUACCUUGUAAAAUCGUAGAUGUUAAGUAAAUUGCAAUAAAAAAAAACACAUUAUUUAAAGUA